AUGGUGGAGCGUUUCCACCGCCAGCACAGGUCAGCGCUCGCAGCAACGGAAGAGCGCAGCUGGAUGGAGGCACUACCACUCAUCCUGUUGGGAAUCCGGACAGCUGUCAAGACAGACAUCGGCUGCAGCGCGGCCGAACUGGUCUACGGAACGACAUUACGCCUUCCAGGAGAAUUCUUCACGAGCAGCCCGCAAGACGGUUGUACAGCCAUCGCGGCCUACGCACUUAGGCUACGAGACAUAAUGGAAAACCUUCGAACUACGCCACCGCGACGGGCAGCGCCACCCGCGGUGUACGUACCAUCAGAACUCGUUUCGUGCACACACGUGUUUGUGCGCCAUGACGCAGUUCAUCGGCCACUCCAACCACCGUAUAACGGGCCAUUCCGAGUGCUGCGUCGAGGUGAGAAGCAGUUGACUAUCAACGUGCGCGGUCGUCACGAAGUGGUAUCACUCGAUCGGCUGAAGCCAGCGCACAUUGAAGAAGCAGACACCGUUUCACAUGCACCGUCAUCUCUGACACCACCCUCCAAGGCUCUACUCGUCCAAACACGCCAGCUCGCAAGGACACGCAGGGGACGAGUCCCCAGGGCGCCCCGUCGUAUGGACUUGUGA